CGUAGCCCUACUCUAAAUGAAAGAUUGGUGGCAUUUAUUGUUGAUGAAGCCCACUGUGUUAAGAAGUGGGGGAAAGAUUUUAGGAAAGAUUUUAGCAAACUUGGAGAAUUGCGUGGAUUCUUCUCUGCAAAUAUACAUUUUAUGGCACUGACAGCAACUGCUACAAAGGCUACACGGAAAGAAGUGAUGCGUAUCCUUGGAAUGCGUAAUGCUGUCUUAGUUACUAAAUCUCCUGACAAGCCUAAUAUCUAUUACUCCGUUUCAGAAAAGAAUGAAUCUAUUGACGAUACUUUUGAGCCACUGAUUCAAGAAUUACGAACUUCUCGGCUGCAGACAGUGAAAACUAUCAUCUUUUGUAGGACUUAUCAGGAUUGUAGCUACUUGUAUCUCCUUUUUAAAUCCUCACUUGGGACAGAGUUUACUAAUCCGAUUGGUGCUCCAGAUUAUUCUCCAUUUCGUAUGAUCGACAUGUUUACUGCUUGCAACACUCCCAGUCUAAAGAAGAAGAUACUGCAUUCUUUCUCUUAUCCCAAUGGACAACUGCGAAUUGUCAUUGCUACUAUUGCUUUUGGGAUGGGGAUUGACUGUCCCGACGUUCAUAGAAUUAUUCAUUGGGGACCUCCGUCAGAUUUAGAGAGCUACAUCCAGGAAACUGGAAGGGCUGGUAGAGAUGGUAAUAGUGCUGUUGCUGAACUUUAUUUUUCAAGACGUGACAUCGGUCAGUGUUAUGUUGAGGAAACUAUGAAAGCUUACUGUAAAAAUGAUAGUCAAUGUCGGAGAGCUGUACUUUUUAAUGAUUUUGAUUGUGGUGACCUACCUGCUAAACCUGUACCUGAUUGUGUGUGUUGUGAUAUUUGUGCAAUGGUUUGUACCUGUACUUCUUGCAAAUUUCCAUCUCCUUCAUAAUUCAUACAUUAGCUGUAAUAUACAUGAACUGUAAUACUAUAAUCAUAAUUUUGGAAAUCUUAUUCAUGAAAUCAGCAUUAAAAUUUUAA